CCCCCCCCCCCUCGGGCCUUCCACGCCAUCCCCUCUCGGCCCCCGAACGAUGUCUCGCUCCCUCCUCCUCUUCCUCUCCCUCCUCCUGUCCCUCCUCCUCGCCGCCGCCGCCCAUGGCGGGGGCCACGACGACGGGGACUCCUCCUUCUCCUUCUCCGGGGAGGACCAGAACGUUGACCUGCGGUCCAAGUCCCUGAUCCUCGCGAAGAUCUGGUGCCUCAUCCUGGUCUUCGUCGGCACGUUCGCCGGCGGCGUGUCCCCGUACUUCCUGAAGUGGAACGAGGCGUUCCUGGUCCUGGGCACCCAGUUCGCCGGGGGGGUGUUCCUGGGGACGGCGCUGAUGCACUUCCUCAGCGACGCCAACGAGACGUUCGGCGACCUGACGGAUAAGCAGUACCCCUUCGCCUUCAUGCUCGCGAGCGCCGGAUACUUGCUCACCAUGCUCGCCGACUGCGCUCUCUCCUACGUCUACGGCAAGAAGGAGGGACAGAGCAGUCGCUCCACUGGCGAUUUGGAGGUCCAAGCAGGAAGCACUGUGCAGGGAAAGGACAGCAGCGCAAACGGAGCGACCCAUCAUCACCUCGCGAGCACCGCCGUAGGAUCGCUCAGCGACAGCAUCCUGUUGAUCGUCGCCCUCUGUUUCCACUCGGUCUUCGAAGGCAUCGCCAUUGGAGUCGCAGAGACAAAGGCAGAUGCGUGGAAAGCCCUGUGGACCAUUUCCCUCCACAAGAUAUUUGCAGCAAUCGCAAUGGGCAUCGCCCUCCUGAGGAUGAUGCCCAACAGGCCUCUCUUGUCGUGUGUUUCGUAUGCAUUCGCUUUCGCGAUCUCAAGCCCCAUCGGCGUGGCCAUAGGGAUCAUAAUAGACGCCACCACGCAGGGUGCGGUCGCAGAUUGGAUCUAUGCCAUCUCGAUGGGUUUGGCUUGCGGCGUGUUCGUCUAUGUUUCCAUAAACCACUUGCUUUCCAAAGGGUACGUGCCGCGGAGGGCGGUCUCCGUGGACACCCCCAUUCAUAAGUUCUUGGCCGUGACGCUUGGGGUCGGGGUGAUUGCCGUCGUGAUGAUCUGGGAUACCUAAGGACACUACGUCCCUCCAACGCUGUGUUCUUAUUAGGGGGAAAAAACAAAAGCAAAUACCACGGUUCGGGCUCCAGAUACUUGUGUAGUGUAGACAGGAGAGAAAUGUUGGAUAUAACUGCUGAAUUGGUGAAAUAUAAGCUGCUGAGGUUUGUCAGUGUGC